CUCCGAUCAAACGCACCCAAUCACUUGCGGCAUUCCUGGACUUUACUUCUCCCCACUUCUUCGAUUCUCCUUCCUUCCCUCGCUCCUGGUGAUCUCAUUGUUCAAUUCUUUCAUCAUGUUUUCCGCCGCACGUCUGUCCGUCCUCCGACAAGCACGAACGCAGCUUCGAUGCACACAACCCACAGCUAUUCUGCACCACUCCGCACUUACACGAUUACUGUCAACACUAGCGGUUCUGGAGCAAAGAGAAGGGAAGCUCAAUGUGGCGUCAUUAGCCGCAGUGACCGCGGGUGGAAAGGUUGGUGGUUCGGUGACUGCAUUCAUUGCCGGAAGUGGGGUCAAGGCCGCUGCGGACGAGGCAGCCAAGGUGAAAGGCCUCGAGAAGAUAAUAUACGUGGAGAAUGGUGCAUACGAUAAGGGCCUCCCCGAAAACUUCGCCCCCCUCCUCGUCGAGAAUAUCAAGAAAGGAGGCUUCACACAUAUUCUCGCAGCACACUCAGCAUUUGGGAAAAACUUGAUGCCUCGUAUUGCUGCACUUCUCGACACUCAGCAAAUAUCAGACAUCACGGCUAUUGAAAGCGAAGACACAUUUGUCCGUCCCAUCUACGCCGGUAAUGCCAUUCUUACCGUCCAGUCGUUGGACAGCACCAAGGUCAUCACAGUGCGAGGAACCGCAUUUCCUAUCCCGGAGACCGAAGGCGGGUCCACCGCGAUAGAGGAGGGUGUAGAUCCAAAGGCAGAAUGCCCUACUGAAUGGGUAUCGGAGGAUUUGGCCAAGUCUGAUCGACCGGACCUUGGUUCCGCAGAUAAAGUAGUGUCUGGUGGACGUGGGUUGAAGUCGAAGGAGGAAUUCGACAGGCUAAUGCCGCCUCUCGCAGAUGCACUGGGUGCCGCCAUUGGUGCUUCGAGAGCUGCAGUCGACAGCGGCUUUGCGGAUAACAGUCUUCAAGUGGGACAGACUGGAAAGAAUGUGGCUCCUCAACUUUACCUCUGCGCGGGUAUCUCCGGAGCUAUUCAGCACUUAGCUGGGAUGAAGGACAGCAAAGUCAUCGCAGCGAUAAACAAGGACCCCGAUGCGCCAAUCUUCCAAGUGGCAGAUGUUGGCCUAGUGGGCGAUUUAUUCGACAAAGUUCCUGAGUUGACUGAGAAGCUAAAAUCGCAGUAGAAGACGCUUCUUUCAGUGACGACUCUGUAUAUACAUAGAUGUAGAAGCUUCAAUGCAAGCAUGACGUCAUGGAGACUCACU